AUGUCCAACGACUUUGACCCGAACCGCCCGAAGGCCGAGCAGCUGGCGAGGGAAGUCUCCAGCGCGCUCGACCGUGCUGGCAUUCACCACAUCCUAUGGGGUCAACUGGCCUUCAGUGUGUACAGCGGGAACUUCCCUUGCAACCAUAUCGACUUCGUAGUUCCCAACGAGGACCUGGACCGAGCAUGCAACAACCUAGACAGCACGAACCUCCCUUGCGUCACCGACAACCCCAGCUGCAGCUACUGGCUAAUCCCCGAGGGCUCGCACGCCGAAAGAAUCUUCCACAUUGAUGCGCUGAACGCGGACGAGGUGCUCAUCCACUUUGACAUCCGCAUCUUCCCCAUGUCCUGGGCGUUGCCGGGCUAUCAGCAGAUCGCAUAUCGCACUUUCACUGAUGUCAUCGACCGUAAGGAUCUUAUUCUAUGCUCCGAUCAGCGUCUCAAGGGCCGCUUUAUCUACGAGCGCUACCCGAUCCGUAUGCUCGCCCCCGUCCACUAUCUCCAGUCAAUCAUCUCCCGCUAUCUGGGCCUUGGUUCCGGGUUGGAGAUAAUCCGGCAGUUUCAUAGGGAGGUGAUCACUCCCCUUAACGAGGAGGGAGACACCUCCGAAGGUUUCUGCAUGGAGAGUCUCCACUUCUCGUACAACAUCAUGCUGUAUUCCAUUCUGCAUAGCCUUGAUGAGAAUGAAAUCAAGGCUACUGCCGAGGGGGUGCAGUCGUACCUCAACGCGUACGAAGCUCAUUUGUCGCAAAUGCAAGAGGUAAGAGAGGGGCUGGAGGCUGUAGAAGAGGCGGACGAAGAGGAUGAGGAGCCAAACGAGUCGGAAGAGACGACCAGUGAUGACGAGCAGUCGGACGAGGCGAAAGAUGAGGAGCAAAUGGAGGAUGUGAACGGAGACGAGACGCAAGUGGAUGUGAUGGAUGUGGAGUAA